AACAAAUAAAGUAGUUGACUUUUCAAAAUUGACGGCGAAUAAAUAAUUUAAUUUGUAGCAACGGGGAAAAGCUUUGCUCAGGAUAAAGCAAACGCGUGAUUUAAACCGCUUAAUACAAAUAAUAAUUCUACCGAAAGAUAAAUAACCAGCAACAAAACAUGAGUGGUCGUGACGACUUCUUCUCCAAAGAGGCUUCACUCAUCAACCGUUCAAAACGGGAGCUGGCGGACGGACGUGAUAAAGAUCCAAUCUACAAAUUACGCUUGUUAUGCUUCAGUCGUGGCGCAACCGGGAUACUCGGAUUAGCCAGAACCUUUCGCAAUAUGGACGAUGAUGGCAGUAAAGCUUUAAAUUACGAAGAGUUCCAUAAAGGCAUCAAAGACACCGGUUUAGAAUCCACAGAUGAUGAAAUACGGGACAUGUUUACAAAAUUCGACGAAGAUAACGACGGUUCAAUUAAUAUGACCGAAUUUUUGCUGAAAUUGCGGCCACCAAUGCCGCAAUCCCGCUUGGACAUUAUCGAUAAAGCGUUCAAGAAAAUCGAUCGUACCGGCGAUGGCGUCAUCACUGUUGAAGACUUGAGAACUGUGUAUUCCGUAAAGGAUCAUCCUAAAUAUUUGAGUGGUGAAAUGACCGAAAAUGAAAUACUCACGCAGUUCCUGAAUAACUUCGAAGGUGGACGCGGCAAUCUCGAUGGCAAGGUGACGAAGGAGGAAUUCCAAAACUAUUACGCCACAAUAAGCGCUUCUAUUGACAAUGAUGCAUACUUUGAUUUGGUGAUGCGGCGUGCUUAUAAAUUGUAAAUGUGCUUAAAUAUAAGCGAAGAUGAACAUAUAAAUGCUGCCUGAAAAAUUUGAUGGGAAGACGUUGAACAAAAAAUACCGCAAAUUGAAAGCGUAAACAUAACAGCAUUUAAUGCUCGCUAACAACUAAACUGAAAUGAAUUUAAACCAAAUACAUUAAUUUAACGUUAAAUACUAGCAAAUGAAAAAUUAAACACAAGCAAACGAAGAAAAUUUUGCUAGUAAACAAAUUUGAGUAUUAAUAACGUUGAGAGUCUUUUCUAAUGCAAAUAUAAAAAUUUAGAUAGAAAAUGCAAUAUUAAAAUAUCCCUCUAUUUACUUUGGUAUAUAUUCUUCGUUAUAUUUCGUAUUGUAUUUAU